UCUGACCUGGUAUCAGUGACAUGACAUCAUCAUCUUUAGUCUACAUUAGACUAGAGACUGAAGGUCUGUUUCUGUUGUGUUGAAGCCCAAUCCAUCAGGAGAGACCAGACUCACCCAGCUGUCUGUCCAUGAAGAUUGAUGGGUCUAUGGACCUGUAGUCUACAUUAGACUAGAGACUGAAGGUCUGUUUCUGUUGUGUUGAAGCCCAAUCCAUCAGGAGAGACCAGACUCACCCAGCUCUCUGUCCAUGAAGAGUGACGGGUCUAUGGACCAUUUCUAUGAUUGCGAAGAUGGAGACUUUUCUGCAUUUACAGGUCCAAUCAGGCAGGAGAGACCAGCCUCCCCUGUUCCCAGCUGUGUGUCCAUGAAGAGUGACCGGUCUAUGAAACAACCUAUAAAGUUUAGAGAGGGAGACUUUUCUACUGAACAAAGAAACCAACAGGAGAGAUCAGAGUCAGAGAUUCUCAGUGGUCAGUCUUCCCAGAGUCAUCAAACAGACCUGGCCUCCAUAUUCAGUUUGCUUGAAGAGAAUAUUAUGACAUUUGUGAAGAACGAACUGAAGAUGUUCAAGAGGAUUCUUAGUGCAGAACUCCCACAAGGCUUUGAGAGUCAGAAGCAGGACAAGGAAAUGGUGGACCCUGAAGAUGAGAAGCAGGAGAGCAGUGCCAGAGAGGGGGCUCUGAAGAUCACACUGCACAUCCUGAGGAAAAUGAACCAGAAGGAGCUUGCUGACACACUGGAGAAAUAUUCAGAUGAGCUUGCUGUGAUUUGCCAACGUGAACUCAAAUCUAAUCUAAAGAAGAAGUUUCAAUGUGUAUUUGAGGGGAUCGCUAAACAAGGAAACCCAACACUUCUCAAUAAGAUCUACACAGAGCUCUACAUGACAGAGGGUGGAACAGGAGAGGUCAAUAAUGAACAUGAGCUGAGACAGAUUGAGACAACAACCAGGAAACAAGCAAGACCAGAGACUGCAAUCAAAUGUAACGACAUCUUCAAACCCUUAACUGGACAAGACAAACUUAUCAGAACUGUGCUGACAAAGGGAGUCGCUGGCAUUGGAAAAACAGUCUCUGUGCAGAAGUUCAUUCUGGACUGGGCUGAAGGAAAAGCAAAUCAGGAUGUCCAAUUUGUGUUUUCCUUCCCUUUCCGGGAGCUGAAUUUGAUGAAAGAGGACAAACACACUUUUAUUGAACUUCUUAAUCACUUCUCAAUGGAGACCAAACAAUCAAGAAUCUCCAACCUCGACAAGUACAAAGUUCUGUUCAUCUUUGAUGGUCUGGAUGAGUGCCGACUGCCCCUAGACUUCCAGAAGAACAAGAUCUGUUGUGACCUCACAAGGUCAACCUCAGUGGAUGUUCUGCUGACAAAUCUCAUCAAGGGAAAUCUGCUUCCCUCUGCUCUCCUCUGGAUAACUACCCGACCUGCAGCAGCCAAUAAGAUCCCUGCAGCAUGUGUUGACCAGGUGACAGAGGUACGAGGGUUCAAUGACCCGCAGAAGGAGGAGUACUUCAGGAAGAGAUUCAGUGAUGAGGACCUGUCCAGCAGAAUCAUCUUACACAUAAAGACAUCAAGGAGCCUCCACAUCAUGUGCCACAUUCCAGUCUUCUGUUGGAUUUCUGCAAUAGUCCUUGAACACAUGCUGAAACAUAAGAGAGAAGAGAUGCCCAAGACUCUGACUGAGAUGUACACACACCUUGUGGUGUUUCAUACCAAACAGAAGAAUGAAAAGUAUCUUGGGAAAGAAGAGACAGGUCCACACUGGAAUAAAGAGAGCAUUCUGUCACUGGGAAAACUGGCUUUUCAACAGCUUGUGAAUGGCAAUCUGAUUUUCUAUGAAGAAGACCUGAAGGAGGCUGGCAUUGAUGUCAAUGAAGCCUCGGUGUACUCAGGGUUGUGCACACAGCUCUUUGAAGAGGAAUGUGGGCUGUACCAGGACAAAAUGUACUGCUUCGUGCAUCUGAGCAUUCAGGAGUUUAUGGCUGCUGUAUAUGUGUUCCUCUCAUUCACCAACAACAAUGAGAAUCUAAUGGCCAAACCUCAAUCAACAUCCAGGAACCUUUCUGUGCUGUUCAGAGACAAGCAUAAAGUUACUGUCUACAAGAGUGCUGUGGAUAAAGCCUUACAAAGUGAGACAGGAAACCUGGACCUUUUCCUCCGCUUCCUUCUGGGCCUCUCCAUGGAGUCCAAUCAGAAGCACUUACGAGGUCUACUGACAAAGACAAGAAGCAGCUCACAGAGCCAUAAAAAAACAGUCGAGUACAUCAAGGAGAAGAUCAGGGAGAAUCCCUCUCCAGAGAGGUGCAUCAAUCUGUUCCACUGUCUGAAUGAACUGAAUGACCAGUCUCUAGUGGAGGAGAUCCAAAGCUACCUGAGCUCAGGAAGUCUCACAAAACCCAACCUGUCACCUGCACAGUGGUCAGCUCUGGUCUUUGUGUUGCUGACUUCAGAAAAGGAGCUGGAUGUGUUUGACCUGAAGAAAUACUCCAGGUCAAAGGAAGGUCUUCUGAGGUUGCUGCCAGUGGUCAAAGCCUCCAGAGCUGUUCUGCUGUCAGGCUGUGGAGUCACAGAGGAAGGCUGUGCUUCUCUGGUCUCAGCUCUGGAGUCAAACCCCUCACACCUGAGAGUGCUGGAUCUGAGUAACAAUGACCUGAAGGAUUCAGGAGUGAAGCUGCUCUCUGCUGGACUGGGGAAUCCCUACUGUAAACUGGAGACGCUGAGGCUGUCAGGCUGUGGAGUCACAGAGGAAGGCUGUGUUUUUCUGGUCUCAGCUCUGAAGUCAAACCCCUCACACCUGAGAGAGCUGGACCUGAGCUACAAUGACCUGAAGGAAUCAGGAGUGAAGCUGCUCUCUGCUGGACUGGGGAAUCCCCACUGUAAACUGGAGACUCUGAGGUUGUCAGGCUGUGGAGUCACAGGGAAAAGCUGUGCUUCUCUGGUCUCAGCUCUGAGGUCAAACCCCUCACACCUGAGACAGCUGGACCUGAGUAACAAUGACCUGUACGAUUCAGGAGUGGAGCUGCUCUCUGCUGGACUGGGGAAUCCCCACUAUAAACUGGAGACUCUGAGACUCACUGGCUGUAAACUCAGAGACACAUCCUGUAAAGUGUUGGCCUCAGUUCUCAGUUCAAAUCCCUCACACCUGAGAGAGCUGGAUCUGAGUAACAAUGACCUGAAGGAUUCAGGAGUGAAGCUGCUCUCUGCUGGACUGUGGAAUCCCCACUGUAAACUGGAGACCCUGAGACUCGCUGGCUGUAAACUCACAGACACAUCCUGUAAAGUGUUGGCCUCAGUUCUCAGUUCAAACCCCUCACAUCUGAGAGAGCUGGAUCUGAGUAACAAUGACCUGAAGGAUUCAGGAGUGAAGCUGCUCUCUGCUGGACUGGGGAAUCCCCACUGUAAACUGGAGACUCUGAGGCUGUCAGGAUGUGGAGUUACAGAGGAAGGCUGUGCUUCUCUGGUCUCAGCUCUGAGGUCAAACCCCUCACACCUGAGAGAGCUGGACCUGAGUAACAAUGACCUGAAGGAUUCAGGAGUGAAGCUGCUCUCUGCUGGACUGGGGAAUGCCCACUGUAAACUGGAGACUCUGAGGCUGUCAGGCUGUGGAGUCACAGAGGAAGGCUGUGCUUCUCUGGUCUCAGCUCUGAGGUCAAACCCCUCACACCUGAGAGAACUGGACCUGAGUAACAAUGACCUGAAGGAUUCAGUAGUGAAGCUGCUCUCUGCUGGACUGGGGAAUCCCCACUGUAAACUGGAGACUCUGAGGCUGUCAGGCUGUCUAGUCACAGAGGAAGGCUGUGUUUCUCUGGUCUCAGCUCUGAGGUCAAACCCCUCACACCUGAGAGAGCUGGACCUGAGCUACAAUCACCCAGGAGACAAGGGAGUCAGACUGCUCUCUGCUGGACUGGAGGAUCCACACUGCAGACUGGAGAAACUCAAUGUGGAACAUGGUGGAGAGAACAGAAUGAAACCUGGGCUUAGAAAAUAUGUCUGUGAUCUCACACUGGACCUAAACACAAUACACAGACACCUCUCUCUGUCUGAGGAGAACAGAAAGUUGACAUGGAGGACAGAGGAGCAGCCGUAUCCUGACCACCGAGAGAGAUUUAAUAAGGAAUGUGAACAGGUGCUGUGUAGAGAGGGUCUGACUGGGCGCUGUUACUGGGAGGUAGAGUGGAGUGGAGGGGUUGAUAUAGGAGUGACAUAUAAAGGAAUCAACAGGAGAAGAGACCUUUAUGAAUAUUGGCUUGGAUGGAAUGACCAGUCCUGGAGUCUGUCCUGCUCUGACAACAGUUACAGAGCCAGACACAAUAGUAAUACCACUACCAUAGACGUCCCCUCCUCCAGCACCCACAGAGUAGGAGUGUAUCUGGACUGGCCAGCCGGCACUCUGUCCUUCUAUAGAGCCUCCUCUUACACACUGACCCACCUGAUCACAUUCACCUCCUCAUUCACUGAGCCCCUCUAUCCAGGGUUUAGGCUUUAUGAUGAUGAAUACUCCUCAUUGUCCCUGUGUCAGAAACACUGACACACACCCACACACCCACACACACACCCACACACCCACACAUACACAAACACACCCACACUCACUGGACACACACACACACUGGACAUACACACACACACUGGACACACACACACUAGACACACACACACACAGACACACACACACUGGACACACACACACACACACUGGACACACAAACACACACACACUGGACACACACUGGACACUGGACACACACACUGGACACACAAACACGCACACACUGGACACACACACUGGACACUGGACACACACACUGAACACAUACUGGACACACACACUGAACACAUACUGGACACACACAUACUGGACACACACACACUGGAUACACUCACACACACACACCCACUGGACACACACAUAGGACACACUUGUACACACACAUACACACACACACACUGGGGACACCUGUUCUCACACCACAUUCUGGGGACACCACUUUCCUGACAACCUGGAGACAAGACGGAAACAUAACAAAAAAUAGAAAAUAAUCUAUAAUAAAUACACCCCUUCAAAUGUAAUUGAUUCAUUGAUAUAAGGGUAGAUGACAUUGUGGGGACUGGGAAGGUGAACAAUGUGGAGACCCAAGAGGAAACUCCUUUUUUGGCGUCAACAGGAAGUCCCAUCGGGGACCAAGUUUCAACCAACUAAUACAAUUUGGGGACAAUAGUGUCGGCUGUUGUUUAGGGCACAAGGGGAAGAUGGGUUCUAAUCUAGAUCAGUUUGAAUUGCCUUUCAGCAUAUCAGAACCCGCUAGAGAAUGGGUUCUAAUCUAGAUCAGUUUGAAUGGCCUUUCAGCAUAUCAGAACCCGCUAGAGAAUGGGUUCUAAUCUAGAUCAGUUUGAAUUGCCUUUCAGCAUAUCAGAACCCGCUAGAGAAUGGGUUCUAAUCUAGAUCAGUUUGAAUGGCCUUUCAGCAUAUCAGAACCCACUAGAGAAUGGGUUCUAAUCUAGAUCAGUUUGAAUUGCCUUUCAGCAUAUCAGAACCCACUAGAGAAUGGGUUCUAAUCUAGAUCAGUUUGAAUUGCCUGUCAGCAUAUCAGAACCCACUAGAGAAUGUUGCCAGGUGUUAUCUUUAGCAUAUCAGAACCCACCUUCCGGUUACUAGUCCAACGCUCUAACCACUAGGCUACCCUGCCGCCAGGGAGAGUGUGAUGUCAUAUCGGUGACAUAUCGGUGACUGAAGAUUCAUUCUCCCAACACGUUUAGAAAAAGAGGGACUAUGAGCAACUGUAAGCACACAGAUGAUGUUGGCAGGUGUUCCAUAGGGAUUAUCCCUUUACAAUUGCAAUACUAGUUGUUCGCUCUGAGUCUCGCCGCUCUCGAGUAGCACCUACUGAAAAAUAGAGUUUAAAUAUGUGGCUUGGCAGGAAGUGUUAACCCCUCUAAUUCCCAGACCACAGGAUACACACAAGGACUAAUAUGUCCAUACGAACCAUUUUGGUGUUAGUCAGCAAUCUGGUGUUAAACUAUGUUGACAUGAAAAAGUGCUGGAAAAGCAUGCAGACAUUUCCGAAUAGCAGAGACUAAAGAGACAAGUGGAGACAGGAACAUCAAAUCAGUCAAUUUAUCUAGGCAGGUUUCUAACCUGAUCUUCCUGCCACUGCCUUCCGUAUCAUCACUGGUAUGCUAUGAUGCUUGCAUAUACAGGAUCUAUUAAAGUGUCUACUCAUAUGUCGUACCUGCAGAACCGUCUGUGUUGUCUGUUGUGUUGUUCUCCUGAAGCCCCUGAAACACUCAGUUAGGCCUCAUUUAAACACAUGUCCAUACAUGUUCUAUACAUGUGCUUUUGUUGCUAAACUAAAGUCAUGUGUUAUAACUGGAUACUAAACUAAAGUCAUGUGUUAUAACUGGAUACUAAAUUAAAGUCAUGUGUUAUAACUGGAUACUAAACUAAAGUCAUGUGUUAUAACUGGAUACUAAACUAAAGUCAUGUGUUAUAACUGGAUACUAAACUAAAGUCAUGUGUUAUAACUGGAUAUUAAACUAAAGUCAUGUGUUAUAGCUGGAUACUAAACUAAAGUCAUGUGUUAUAGCUGGAUACUAAACUAAAGUCAUGUGUUAUAGCUGGAUACUAAACUAAAGUCAUGUGUUAUAGCUGGAUACUAAACUAAAGUCAUGUGUUAUAGCUGGAUACUAAACUAAAGUCAUGUGUUAUAACUGGAUACUAAAUUAUUUUUACAUUUUAGUAAACACUCUUAUCCAGAGCAAAUAGGAUUCAGUGUUUUGCUCAAGGAACAAACACAUCAAUAAGAUGCAUCUGGGCAGGUUUCUUUACUGAUCUUCCUGCCAUUGCCUCCCGUAUCAUCUCUAGAGCCAAGGGAAAUACAUUUAUACCACAUUCCACUGGUCACUACUGAAAUCCUACGACAUGCUGUUUGCACAUACAGCAUCUAUUUAACUGUCUGCUCAAAGGGAAUUUGUGUGUCAUUAGUUAAUAUGUUAUGGCUGAAAGUGAGAAUUAAACAGGUUCCUA